UUAAUCUUUCAAAAAUGUAUACAUAAUUUCAGAAGAACUCUGCUUCCGUAAAACUGAUAUUAUUGGCUUAACUUUGGAUGACUCGUACGGGUCGCUAACAAUGACAGCAAAAGGCACUUGAGCACAUUAUUUAUCAGGUGGGGAAGUGCCAUCUUGUCUUUGCAGGAGAUCAACAUCCCACAAUUUCCUGUCCAUAAUUCCAGUUCUUCGCCUUUUAUUAGUUGUUUAUCCUCUCUAUCUACACCACUGUUGUCACUUUGGCUGUGUUAGUUUCAUUGACCACCACCAGACACUCCCUAUCCGUGUCGGCUCCAAUACAGUACCUGUCACAGCGCAGUAUCCGAAAUGCUUUCCUCUCGUGGUGCAAAAAGUGCUGAGCAGUUAAACAUUCCCUGGAGAUAUGCUACUCCACAUACAUACGACAAGGAGACAAAUCCCAACGGGGUUAUCUCCUUUGGCAUGGCAGAGCAUAGGCCAAUGAGAGCCGAAAUUGCGAAUUAUAUAAACAACAAGGUCGUUUUCAUGGAAGACUCUGUCGGUUAUCGUCCCAGUCCAACAGCUGCAGCUCGUCUCCCGGUCGCAUUAGCAGCCCAUCUGAAUAGGAUACUUGUUCCAAAAGUUUCAAUCAAUAAAGAUCAUGUAUUUACUGCCAGCAGCGCCACUGCCUUAGGGGGUAUGCUUGGCUUCACAUUGGCAGAACCGGGCGAUGGGAUAUUGGCCAGUAGGCCUGUAUAUGGCCGGUUUGAGCUUGACUAUGGUGUUGAAGCUGGCGUGCAGAUGAUAUAUACCGAUAAUGAUCCUGAAGAAGCAUUCUCUCCUGGAAUUAUCACCAGGUAUGAGAUGGCGCUCGAAGCUGCUGAGAAACGGGGCAUAAAAAUCCGGGCUGUGUUGGUUGUCAAUCCACAUAACCCCGUAGGUCGUUGUUACCCAGCAGAGACCUUGAAGGAAAUCCUGAGAUUCUGCAACAAACAUCAGCUUCAUGUCAUUAGCGAUGAGAUCUAUGCAUCGUGUAUCUUUGACUCUGGAAAUCCAGAGGCAGUUCCUUUCACCUCGAUUUUAUCUCUGGACAUACCUGCAUUAAUUGACCCUAAUCUCGUACAUCUAUUAUACGGGUUCAGCAAGGAUUUUGCCUCUGGUGGCCUUCAUCUCGGUUUCUUGGUUUCUCAAAACACAGAACUUCGUCAAGCUUGUCAAGCAAUAUUGAGAUUGCACAGUGUGUCGACUGCUGCAGUCACAAUCGGUACCACAAUUCUGGAAGACCAACAAUUCCUCUCAGAAUUUACGACAAAGUCUCAGCAGAGCCUUGCAUCUGCUUAUAGGCUAACAACCGCAACAUUUGAUCGAGAGGGCAUUCGUUACGUUCAAGGAGCAAAUGCGGGUUUCUUCAUUUAUUUAGACCUAUCACCGUACCUCACGAGCAAUAAUAUUCCACCUCACGAGCGCGAGUUUGCUCUCGCUCAAAAGCUGCUUAAUGCAGGCGUAUUUCUACAUCCGGGCGAAGAGCAUGCGAAAACCCCGGGUUGGUUCAGAUUUGUUUACUCGCACGAAAAGGAAGUUCUGCAGGAGGGAUUGAGAAGGAUGCUUGGUGCUUUGAAGCAGUCGGCCUCUUCAUGAUCGUAUGGUAGUGUUUCUAGGUGUCAUGCCGACUGACCUCUGAACUUAUCAGAUGAAAUGGAGAAAUAGAACGUUAAUUUGAGCGUAUAUCUUCUAGAAUCGAAAUGUCGUUCGUGAUCCACGACCUCUGAUGCCUCUAUGUAGUUGGGAAUUUAGAUGGCACGUGCAUGGUAAAUUACACUAGCGCCGCUGUCGUUACAUACACCGUUUUGACUCACAAAUACUUUACCACUUUUGAGAACUUUGAUAAAGCCAAACCCCGCGGUGGAUAAUAUAGAUCCUCCUCUCCAACAACGCCUCCGGGUUCUCCAUUUCUGUUUUGCAACCCAGCAAACUGUUCAUAGAGAGCCAUGGCAGCCGCCGCUGCAUCUGUUGCCGGAGUCGAUACGGGCUCCAAAAACACUCUCAAGCUCGAAAAUGU